AUGGCAGCAGACUUUACAGGCAGAAGAAAUUCCAAUACCCAACUCUUAGAAGAACUCGAAACGCUGAGCCAGUCCCUCUACCAGUCCCACACUUCGUCCACUCGAAGAACUGCCUCCCUUGCUCUCCCUCGAAGUGCAGUCCCUCCCAUCACACCUGCCGAAGAUAUUGACACGACUAUAAAUGAGGAAAAGCUCAAUUCCAGACCCCGGUCAAGGCGCAUGUCCUUGUCCCCUUGGCGCUCUAGACCAAAGCUCAAUGAAGAAAAUGAACAGAAAGAACAGACUAAGGUUCCAAGUCAGAAAGAGAUCAAGAAGUUCGAUGACAGGGCUGCUUCUUCAGAGAAAAAAGGACUUUGGAAUUGGAAGCCAAUUCGAGCCCUGUCCCAUAUUGGCAAGCAGAAGCUGAGCUGUUUGUUCUCUAUUGAAGUUGUCACCGUUCAAGGGCUUCCAACUUCCAUGAAUGGGCUACGACUUUCUGUUUGUGUCAGAAAGAAAGAAACCAAGGAUGGAGCAGUUCAGACGAUGCCAUCGAGGGUUUUGCAGGGAGCUGCUGAUUUUGAAGAGACCCUAUUUCUCAGGUGCCAUGUUUACUGCAUCCCUGGCAGUGGAACGCAGCUGAAAUUUGAGCCACGUCCUUUUUGGAUUUAUGUAUUAGCAGUUGAUGCGGAAGAACUUUAUUUUGGAAGAAGUUCUGUGGAUUUAAGUCUUCUAAUUCAGGAAUCUAUAGAGAAGAGCUUUGAAGGUACACGGAUUCGGCAGUGGGACACAAGUUUCAACCUAUCAGGAAAGGCCAAGGGCGGAGAACUUGUUCUGAAAUUGGGAUUUCAGAUUAUGGAGAAAGAUGGAGGGAUUGGAAUCUAUAGUCAGGCUGAGGGACAGACGUCUGGAAAAGGUCGAAAUUUAUCUUCUUUUGCACGCAGACAAUCAAAAUCAUCCUUCAGUGUCCCUAGUCCAAGAAUGUCUAGCCGAGCAGAAGCUUGGACUCCUUCACAGCCAGGAGCAACAACAGACUUUCAAGGAAUGGAUGACCUGAACCUUGAUGAACCAGCCCCCGCGCCUCUAUCCUCUGUCCAGAGCUCUGUGGAACCAGAAUCAAAGGCAGAGGAUCUGGAUAUCCCCGAAUUUGAAGUUGUUGAUAAAGGCAUAGAGAUCCAGGACAGAGGAGAAGAGGAGGAAGAACAAUCCGAAGAAAACUCUGACAAAAGAUCAGUCUCAAGUGAGGUUGUUCAUGAUCAAGUCCAUCGGACAAGAUUGACAGAGCUUGAUUUGAUAGCUCAGCAGAUAAAAGCUCUUGAAUCUAUGAUGAGAGAGGAGAAAUUAGUCAAGACAGAUGAAGAAAAUGAAUCACAAAGACUAGAUGCAGAGGAAGAAACAGUAACACUGGAAUUUCUUCAGAUGUUAGAGGAUGAAGAAACUCAAGAAGUGAAAAUGGAUCAAUAUGAUAUUCCCCCUUUAAAGCUGCAGGGAGCUGCUUCUGAAGAUGCUGAAGCCAUGGUUUUUCUCCCAGAUCUUGGAAAGGGCUUGGGAUGUGUUGUUCAGACGAGGAAUGGAGGCUGUUUAGCAGCCAUGAAUCCUCUAGAUAUCGCAAUGGCAAGGAAAGACACUCCGAAACUUGCUAUGCAGAUAUCCAAGCCAUUGGUCCUUCCAUCAAACAAAACAGCGAACGGAAUUGAGUUAUUUCAGAUGAUGGCAGCUAUUGGGAUAGAAGAGCUUAGCUCUGAAAUUUUAUCUUUGAUGCCCAUGGAUGAACUCAUGGGUAAAACAGCAGAGCAGAUAGCUUUCGAAGGCAUUGCAUCAGCAAUAAUCCAGGGGAGGAACAAAGAAGGUGCUAGCUCAAGCGCUGCUCGGACCAUAGCUACCGUUAAAUCCAUGGCCACUGCAAUGAGUACUGGCAGGAAAGAGAGAAUUUCAACAGGCAUUUGGAAUGUAAGUGAAGACCCAUUGACAGCGGAAGAGAUUUUGGCAUUUUCUAUGCAGAAAAUUGAGGCCAUGGCAAUUGAAGCUCUAAAAAUCCAGGCAGAAAUGGCUGAUGAAGAAGCCCCAUUUGAUGUUUCCCCACUCAAUGAUAAGAUAAUCACAGGUGGUGGGAAAGAAAAAAUUCACCCACUGGCAUCCGCCAUUCCACUGGAGGAUUGGAUUAAAGAUAGUGUUGCUACGUCACUUACUGAAGCUGACUCCGCAACCAUCACAAUGUUAGUGGUUGUCCAGUUAAGGGAUCCUGUAAGGCGAUAUGAAGCAGUUGGAGGCCCUCUGAUAGUGUCAAUUAAUGCAACAAGCGUAAACGUCAAACCUGGUAAGUACAAUGAAGAAAGGAGGUUCAAAGUGGCAAAUUUGCAUGUUGGAGGUUUGAAAGUGAGGACCGGCGAAAGGAAGAAUAUGUGGGAUACUGAGAAGCAGAGGCUAACAGCAAUGCAGUGGCUGGUGGCAUAUGGACUGGGAAAGGCAGUGAAAAAAGGAAAGCAAGUGAUGUCAAAGGGGCAGGAUUUGUUAUGGAGCAUCUCAUCACGUGUAAUGGCUGAUAUGUGGCUCAAAUCCAUGAGGAAUCCUGAUGUCAAAUUCACCAAGUAA